CUCUAUUCCCAUUAAAGUGAAUAGGCCUAGAAAUUGUAUAUAAAUAGAAGUUUUUAAGCAUUGAAUGUAUUCUUAUUGAACUGUCAAGCAGACUUUUGAAAAUGAUGAAAACUGUAAUCCUCGUCUUGGCUCUUGUAGCCAUUGCUGCUUGCUCUCUGGACGUUAUUCCCCACUACAGUCACCAUGGCUACGGACACGGAAUCAGUAGCAGAUACUUCAGGAAAGCACAAGGGCAUGGAUAUGGAUUAGGAUAUGGUUAUGGCCUCGGAUAUGGUGGCUAUGGAGGUUAUGGAUAUGGUGGUCUAGGAGGAUACGGUGGAUAUGGAUACAAUGGUCUUGGAGGAUAUGGAGGUUUCGGAUAUGGAUAUAAUGCUUACAUAUAAAUGAAAUUUUGGGAAAAGUGCCACAUUCCAAGGACAAGAUUUGAUCGAAAUUGCUCAUUGGUGUUUUUUUUUAAAUGUGAACCUUUGAUUAAUAAAAAAAUAUUAAAACCCAUGUGCG